AUGUCUCGGCCCCUCACCGACCAGGAGAAGCGUAAACAGAUCAGCAUUCGUGGCAUUGUUGGAGUGGAGAAUGUGGCUGAGCUGAAAAAGGGCUUUAACCGACACCUACAUUUUACCCUUGUUAAGGACCGCAAUGUGGCCACUCCUCGGGACUACUACUUUGCCCUGGCCCACACUGUACGGGAUCACCUGGUGGGCAGGUGGAUCCGCACCCAGCAAUACUACUACGAAAAGGACCCCAAGAGAAUCUACUACCUUUCCUUGGAAUUUUACAUGGGCCGGACCUUGCAAAAUACCAUGAUCAACCUAGGACUACAGAAUGCCUGUGAUGAGGCAAUUUAUCAGCUAGGACUGGACAUAGAAGAGCUGGAAGAGAUUGAAGAAGAUGCUGGUCUGGGCAAUGGAGGUCUUGGCAGGCUGGCAGCCUGCUUCCUGGAUUCAAUGGCCACCCUUGGGCUUGCCGCCUACGGUUAUGGGAUACGCUACGAGUAUGGCAUUUUCAAUCAGAAGAUCAGAGAAGGAUGGCAGGUAGAAGAAGCUGAUGAUUGGCUAAGACAUGGAAACCCCUGGGAGAAGGCUCGCCCAGAGUACAUGCUUCCUAUUCAUUUUUAUGGAAGAGUGGAGAAUACAGAGAUGGGCGUGAGAUGGGUUGAUACUCAGGUUGUUUUGGCUUUGCCCUAUGAUACUCCUAUUCCUGGUUAUAUGAACAACACGGUUAACACAAUGAGACUCUGGUCUGCUCGAGCGCCUAAUGACUUUAAUCUCCGUGACUUUAAUGUUGGUGAUUACAUUCAAGCGGUGUUGGACAGAAACUUGGCGGAGAACAUCUCCCGUGUCCUCUAUCCAAACGAUAACUUUUUUGAAGGCAAGGAGCUGCGUCUGAAGCAGGAAUACUUUGUGGUAGCUGCCACCUUACAAGAUAUCAUCCGACGGUACAAAGCUUCCAAGUUUGGGACUACUGAAAGUGUCCGGACUGCUUUUGAUUCAUUCCCAGAUCAGGUUGCAAUCCAGCUGAAUGAUACACAUCCUUCCAUGGCUAUUCCUGAGUUGAUGCGGGUCUUCUUGGAUAUAGAGAAGCUGCCCUGGUCUAAGGCCUGGGAUAUCACUACAAAGACCUUUGCUUAUACAAACCACACAGUUCUCCCUGAAGCUCUUGAACGCUGGCCGGUCGAGCUGGUGGAGAAGCUGCUUCCAAGACACUUGCAGAUUAUCUAUGAAAUCAAUCAGAGGCAUUUGGAUAAAAUCAGAGCCCUGUUUCCCAAGGAUGUUGACCGCCUCAGGCGGAUGUCCUUGAUUGAAGAGGAAGGAGUCAAACGUAUUAACAUGGCCCAUCUUUGCAUUGUUGGCUCUCACGCUGUGAAUGGAGUUGCAAAGAUUCACUCAGAUAUCGUCAAAUCUCAAGUGUUCAAGGACUUUGCAGAGUUGGAGCCAGAAAAGUUUCAGAAUAAAACAAAUGGGAUCACUCCUCGUCGCUGGCUCCUGCUUUGCAACCCAGGACUUGCAGAAUUAAUUGCGGAGAAAAUAGGGGAGGAAUACGUGAAAGAUUUGAGUCAGCUAACAAAGCUGCAUCGGUUUGUGAAUGAUGAUGUUUUCAUCAGAGAGGUGGCCAAAAUCAAGCAGGAAAACAAAGCCAAGUUUGCCCAGUACCUGGAGCAGGAGUACAAAGUGAAGAUCAACCCAGCUUCCAUGUUUGACGUGCAAGUCAAGAGAAUUCAUGAAUACAAGCGGCAGCUCAUGAAUUGUCUACAUGUGAUCACCAUGUACAACCGCAUUAAACGCGAUCCAGCGAAGCCAUUUGUGCCCAGGACUGUGAUAAUCGGAGGAAAAGCUGCUCCUGGGUAUCAUAUGGCUAAAAUGAUAAUAAAGUUGAUCACUGCUGUAGGCCAUGUAGUAAACAACGAUCCUGGGGUUGGAAACAAGCUAAAGGUCAUUUUUUUGGAGAAUUACAGAGUUUCGCUGGCUGAAAAAGUAAUCCCUGCUACAGAUUUAUCAGAACAGAUUUCAACAGCUGGCACCGAAGCCUCAGGCACUGGCAACAUGAAAUUCAUGCUCAAUGGGGCUCUGACCAUCGGAACCAUGGAUGGUGCCAAUGUAGAAAUGGCAGAAGAAGCUGGAGAAGAGAAUCUUUUCAUAUUUGGCAUGAGAGUGCCAGAUGUGGAAGAGUUGGACCGGAGAGGGUACCAUGCUCAGGAAUAUUAUGACAAGCUUCCUGAAUUGAAGCAAACUAUGGAUCAGAUCAAGAGCGGUUUCUUUUCACCACAACAACCUGACCUGUUCAAAGAUUUGGUCAACAUGCUGUUCCACCAUGACCGGUUUAAAGUAUUUGCAGACUAUGAAGCUUACGUCAAGUGCCAAGACAGUGUCAGUAAACUCUAUAUGAACUCCAAAGAAUGGACCAAAAUGGUCAUCAGGAACAUUGCAGCCUCUGGGAAGUUUUCCAGUGACAGGACCAUCAAAGAAUAUGCCCGUGAUAUCUGGAAUGUGGAACCUUCUGAUCUCAAGAUCCCACCACCCAAUGUACCUCGCGAUGUUGCCGAUGAGAUGCUGGCCAAUGACUCAGCUGAAAAGUUGAGUAUGUGAAUCUGAGAAGUCCUGCAACUCUGCAUGGAUAACACACAGCACCAUACAUUGGGAAAAGCAUGCGUAGAUUUGAUUAGCAAGUAACGGUAAUAAAGUGGCCUCUUCUUUUCUCUUUUGCUUAUAAGCACUGAGAGCAGUUAGGGAAUCUUAUGCAUUGUCUACAUCAAGGGUCUUCAAACUUGCAAGUUUAAGACUUGUGGACUUCAAUUCCCAGAAUUCCUAAGCUAACAUAACUGGAGGAAGAAUUCUGGGAGUUGAAGUCCACAAGUCUUAAAGCUGUCAAGUUUGAAGAUCCUGGUCUACAUUUAUCUGUUCUCUCCCUUCCUUUCUUUGGGAACUUUGAGAAUUGUUCCCAAAAAUUUUGCUCUAAUACAUUAUAUUUCACCUGAUGGGUCCUAAGUGUGCUGGAUCAUUUAUCUCUCAUGCUAGCUGAUAUUCUCACUGCCCAUGCUAGGUACCAGUCCCAGCACAACUAGAGAGGACCAGCUUGAAAUAGGCCACCCAAACAGUUCAAAGGGUGCAUUUUUACUAAUUUAUAGCGUUAU